AGACGCGACACACCAUCACAAGCACCAAUUUUGCUCAAAUUCCGGUCGUCUACUGCCUUCAUCCUGUUCACUGUGUGCAUGGCAAUUUUCACCGAUAUCUUCUUCUACGGCUUGAUUGUGCCCGUCAUCCCAUUCAGUCUCUCCGCCCAGGUCGGCGUGCCCGAAGAUCAAGUGCAGCACUGGACCGCCAUCCUGCUCGCCUGCUACAAUGCUGCGCUUUUUGUCGGGAGCCCGCUUGCUGGGCUCUUCGCAGAUCACAUCUCGUCACGCCGUCUGCCUCUUCUCCUUGGCUUGAUCGCCCUCUGUGGAUCCACGCUGCUGCUGUGCCUGGGAAAGACAGUCGCACUGCUUGUCCUGGGCCGGAUCCUCCAGGGCCUCAGCGCCGCCAUUGUCUGGUCGGUCGGGCUGGCACUUCUCGUCGACACCGUCGGGAGAGACAUCGGGUACUCGAUGGGCUAUGUGAGUAUUGCAAUGUCGGUUGGCCUGCUGAUAUCGCCUGUCAUUGGCGGCGCCGUCUAUGCGAACGCAGGCUACUAUGCUGUGUACUAUAUCGCAUUUGCCAUCAUCUUGUGCGAUAUUGCUCUCCGUCUGGUCUUGAUCGAGAAAAAAGUCUCCAGCCAAUGGCUCGAUGGCGGCAACAGCGGAGAUCGCGGCGCGCCAUGUCCAGAGGAUCUCGGCGCAGCUCGAAAGGACACUGCUGUAGCGGAUGGCGCCCGGGCACGGACCGAGACCGAGAAGGGGCACGAGGGUGACUCUGCAGCCUCGUGCUCACCGACCCCCACCGGAAUCUGUCCCGUUGCAGAACCAUCUAACGCUACUGGCCCCAUCGUUGCAAAGCAUCCGCACUGGGAGUUGAUCAAGUCCAGAAGGAUCCUUGCUACCCUACUAGGAGCCGUCAUCCAAGCUACCAUCGUCUUUGGAUUCGAUACAGUAGUGCCGCUCUAUGUCAAGGCAACUUUCCAGUGGAAUUCCACCGCCGCUGGUCUGCUCUUCAUCUGCGUUAUGAUCCCAGGCUUUGCGUCCCCGUUGGUAGGGAAACUUUCGGACCGCUUUGGCGCCAAGUGGCUAUCUUCGGCUGGCUUUGCCAUCUCCAUUCCUCCCUUAGUCUGCCUACGUUUUGUGACGAGUAAUACGGUUGAGCACAAGGUUUUGCUCUGCGCGUUGCUUACUUUGCUGGGUGCUACACUGAUGGCACUUGCCACUACACCACUCAUGGCCGAGAUGACCUACGCGAUUGACGAAAAGGAGACGCUGCUACCGGGAGCCUGGGGUGAGAAGGGCGUCUACGGCAUUGCAUACGGCCUAUGGACCACCGCCUUCGCACUAGGCGGCACUAUCGGCAGCAUCAUGUCUGGCUACCUGAACGCCGGGCCAGGCUGGGGAACAACAACUUGGAGCCUGGCUCUGUGGGCUGCGGUUGGAGCGUUUGUUUCUCUUGGCUUCGGAUCAAAGCCCAACGAGCCUAAUCCUACUGCCCGCCCG